CGGUUCCGAGUGGCGCAGCUCGCACGCUCUGCGUAUGACGCAGCACGUUCCUAUAUAAAAGCGUGCGUGCCGCGGAGACCCGUCCUCUUCCCACGGCCGCAGCUCGACAUGGCGCCGCAGAAAGACAAGAAGCCUAAGAAGUCAACCUGGAGGUUUCAUUUGGACCUUACUCAUCCAGUAGAAGAUGGGAUUUUUGAUUCUGGAAAUUUUGAACAGUUUCUACGGGAGAAGGUUAAAGUCAAUGGAAAAACUGGAAAUCUUGGAAAUGUUGUUCACAUUGAACGGCUGAAGAAUAAAAUCACGGUUGUUUCUGAGAAACAGUUCUCCAAAAGGUAUUUGAAAUAUCUUACCAAGAAAUACCUUAAGAAGAAUAAUCUCCGAGAUUGGCUUCGUGUGGUCGCAUCUGACAAGGAGACUUACGAACUUCGCUAUUUCCAGAUUAGUCAAGAUGAAGAUGGUUCAGAGUCUGAGGACUAAAUUGGCCUUUGCGUUUAAUAAAAUGGAAGUAUUCUAAAGAAACCUAAGAUUGGACUUUAUGAGCAAAUAAAGUCAUUUUACUCUAUAAAGCAA